AGCUAUGGCCCUGGCGCUCGCCCUGCUCCUGCUGCUGCUGCCGGGACACGGUGGAGCUGCGGGGCUGGAGGAGAAGCUCACCCACGUUGAGAAGUACGAGACAGUGAUGCCACACAUGGUGCUGGUGCCACGGGGGAAGAGGGACCUCUCUGUGCCACCGAGCAUCUACCCCGACCGUGUCCUCUACAGCAUCCGUGCUGAAGGCAGGGACUACAUCCUCAGGCUGGAGAAGAACAAGGCACUGCUGGGGCAGCACUACACCGAGACGCACUACUUGGCUGAUGGCACAGAGGUCACGGAGAAGCCGGAUGUUCAGGACCACUGCUUCUAUCAGGGCCACGUGCAAGGACAUGCCAACUCAGCGGCGAGCAUCAGCACCUGCAAUGGGCUCAGUGGGUUUUUCCAGGUGAAUGGGACCAUGUUCCUGCUGGAGCCGCUGGAGGAGGGUGCUGCAGGCCUGCAUGCAGUGUACAGAGCAGCUCACCUGAGGGGGAAGCGUGGCACAUGCCAGGAGCCCGGUGCCACCCUGCAAUACGACCACGAGCCCAAAGUCCCUGCAGCCAUGAAGCUCCAGCGCUGGAAAUCAACCCCAUUACACAAAGGUCCCCGGUACGUGGAGCUGGUCCUGGUCGCAGACAAUGAAGAGUUCAGGAAGCACAAGGACUUGCGCACGGUGCAGAACCGCAUGAAGGAGAUCGUGAACCACGUCGACAAGCUCUACCAGCCCCUCCGCCUGCGCGUGGCCCUCAUCGGCCUGGAGGUGUGGAGCUACAAGGACAAGAUCCUGGUGAGCCCCAACCCGGAGCUGACCCUGGACCACUUCCUGCAGUGGAGGGAGGCAGAGCUGCUGCGCAGGAAGCCCCAUGACAACGCCCAGCUCAUCACGGGCAUAGACUUCCAUGGCACGACUGUAGGGCUCGCCAAGAAGCUUGUGAUGUGCACCAGGGACUCGGGUGGUGUCAACCAGGACCACAGCACAAAUCCCAUCGGUGCCGCAUCCACCAUGGCUCACGAGCUGGGGCACAACCUGGGGAUGUCUCACGAUGAAGACGUGGCCGGAUGCCGCUGUCCUGUCCCCAAAGCUGAUGGAGGCUGUGUCAUGGCAGCGAGUGUUGGCCUGGUUUACCCCAAGCUGUUCAGCCGCUGCAGUGAGCAGGACAUGUGGCACUUCCUCGGGGACCCCAGGACCCGCUGCCUGCUCAACGCCCCCAGGGCCGACGAGCUCUAUGGGGGUCCUGUAUGUGGGAACCAGUUUGUGGAGCGGGGAGAGCAGUGCGACUGCGGCGUGCCGGAGUCUCUCCCUGUGCCGCAGGAGUGCUCCGACACCUGCUGCAAUGCCACCACCUGCCAGCUGAGAGAGGGAGCCGAGUGUGCCCGGGGGGAAUGCUGCCAGGACUGCAAGGUGAAGGCUGCAGGUGUGCUCUGCCGGGGCAGCAAGAACGACUGUGACCUGCCCGAGCACUGCACGGGGCUCAGCGCCGAGUGCCCAGAGGAUGUGUUCCAGGAGAACGGCAUCCCCUGCCACAACGGCAAUGGUUACUGCUACAACGGGGCCUGUCCCUCGCACGGCGAGCAGUGCCGUGCGCUCUGGGGCGCAGAGGCUCAGGUGGCUCCCGAUGUCUGCUUCAAGCACAACAGCGAGCAGCACCUUCACCUCCACUGCCUCACCGAGUACGGGAAGCGGCCAUGCAGCCCCAAGGAUGUGAAGUGUGGCACAUUGCUGUGCCUGAGCGACAACACCAGCCCCGUCCUCGGCGCCGGCUCCUACUCCCUCUUCUUCGGCCGCUUCAAGUGCAAGGCAGUCAUCGCCAGCAGCGAUGCCAACGAGGUGGUGGCCAAGCUGCGGCUGGUGCCCACCGGUGCCAAGUGUGGAGAGGAGAUGGUGUGCUAUGGUGGGCGCUGCCAGAACCUCCUGGUGUACGGCAACAAGAACUGCUCGGCCAAGUGCAACAACCACGGGGUGUGCAACCACAAACGGGAAUGUCACUGUGAGCCGGGCUGGGCAGCGCCCUACUGCGAGCAUCAGCUGUCGGGGAUGGAGACAGGGAACAGCAGUGUGGUGGUGGUGAUGGCGGUGCUGGCGGUGCUGGCUCUCGGUGGCAUCCUGCUGUGCGGGGGCCUCCUGCUGCUCAGGGGCAGGGGGGCAAAGCGCUUCCACAGCGGGUACCUCCCGUCCGAGCGCAGCGCCCGUCGGAAGCGGCCCCACAGCGGCCGUGUGCCCCACAGCGGCCCCCCCGCAGGCCUGGCCAACCCGCUCUUCCAGGAGGGCGGCCACUCGCGGCCCCCCCGACGGCCGCUGUCCCACCGCGACAUCGGCCCCCCCAGACUGCUCAGCAGCACCGCGGCCCCACGGGGGGACCCGAGGCCGGACCCCGAGGUGAAGCCGAAGCCCCCCCGGAAGCCUCUCCCAGCGCUGAAGACCAAGACCCCUCUGGAGCCGUCAGGAGCAGCCCUUGCCCCAGCCCCGGCCGUGCUCUCCCAGCGGGGCCCCCCCCCGAAGGUGGCCCUGCAGCCCCCGGUGGGCAGGAGGUGACCGAGGCUGCCCCAUGCACCCCCCACGGAGCGGCCUCGCUCCCACCGUACUUGAACCCCUCUGCAAUGCCCCCGGAGGGCUGCAGUGUUUACACACCCUCGAGCUGUGCCUUAGACCCCACCGCGGUGUGGGCUC